AUGCCGCAGGGCGCCAACGCAAGUCCGUCUUGGUUCGUCAAGGUCAUCAACAGAGUGGUGCACGGUCUGGAGCGUGUGCUGGCUUAUCUGGACGAUGUCAUCUGUUCCGAUGAGGAACCUCUGGGACACGUGCUAAUCUUGAUCGAGUUCUUCAAACGACUGCGACAGUACAACCUCAAACUGUCUCCAGGGAAGGGUCGCGUCGGCGCCACGCACGCCAACUUUCUCGGUCACACCAUCUCUCCGGCAGGUGUUAGCCCUGAUGGCGUCAAGGUUAGGGCGCUCACGCACAUGCCGCCGCCGACUAGUGUUAAGCGGCUUCGGAGUCUUCUCGGUGGACUCAACUACUACUGGAAAUUUCUCAAGAAUCUCGCCACCAAGGUGCGGCCUCUCAACUCUCUUCUCAGACAAGGCGUCCCCUUCAAGUACACCCCGGGCAUGGUCAAGGUUGUCAAAACGUUGUUAAGCGAACUCGCUCGCCCCCCGAUUUUGGUCUUCCCGGAUUGGGCAGCAAUCGAGGACAACAGCCGUCCUCUUCGUUUGUGUUCCGACGCGUGUAUCGACGGUUUUGGCGCCUCCUUGGAACAAGAACAGCUCGAUGGCUCGGUGAGACCCAUCGUGUACAUCAGCCGCGCUACUCUUCCUGCGGAGCGUAACUGGACCGUCUUGGAUCUGGAGGCUGGUGGCAUUGGUUGGGCCAUCAAACGCCUUCGCGGUUAUCUGUGGUCGACCAUGUUCAUCAUCUAUUCGGACUACAAAGCAUUGGAGAGCAUUGGCAAGGUUGGGGAACACAACGCUAGAUUGCAACGAUGGCUGGAAUUCCUGUCCAACUUCACGUACACCCUGAAAUAUCGGAAAAGUUCGGCAAACGGCAACGCGGAUUUUCUUUCGCGGUUGCCUUUACCAGCACAAGACACGGACAAAACCGGCCCCGACUGCAUUGAUGGUGUCGAUCAAGCGGGUGUUUUCCUCAUUUGGGCUUGCGGGCGCAACUAUCACUCGUCGUCUACACCGGAGGUCGGUUUGGGUGGGCUCCGCCCUCCUUGCACGGNGGUUGCCUUUACCAGCACAAGACACGGACAAAACCGGCCCCGACUGCAUUGA